UUCCAAGCCAACUUGGCGUCGUUCCAAUUUCAUUCUUCAAGGAGAAACAAGCUCACUUCAUCACGGGCCGUGCCUUGCCUGCAUUGAUCAGCGUCCACCUACUCCGCCAAUGAGCUCUCUCCAACUUUAAUAUAUCUCUCUCAAUCUCUCUCAAAGGCGUCUAGAUGCCGGGAUUUUCUCAGUCGCGGUCCUUCAUUGGAGGGGCAAUCUCAACAGCAGCAUCGCCUUUACGGAACAACUUCAUCGAAAUUAGCUGUCGAUCUCCUGCUACUCCUCGAAAGUUACGACCUACAACGAGCGAUGGCUCAGAGCGGGGCAAUGGACUUUUCGUCAAUACAGAUCGGGCUCGAGAAUAUGGUUCUUACACGAGCUCAUCCUAUCUGGCGACACCAAGAACAUUUUCAAUAGGUUCACCAAGCAACGAAAACCUAAAAUCAUUAUACACUUCAAAAUCGCCUUCAUAUGACGAUACCUCAUCGAGCGCCACACUUGUUUCCGCUUCACACGCACAUAACUUCUUACCUCUCACCCCGCAAUUUAAUUUAUCAGCCUCAAACGGAAAGCUGGGCACCUUCUCCGCCAUCAACAUCAUUCUCGGCAAGACCGUAGGGGUUGGCAUCUACUCCAUCCCCUCUUCAAUCUUCAAUUCCGUAGGUUCAGUCGGAGCCUCUCUCUUACUAUGGAUUAUUGGAUCGUUGAUUUCUUUCUGCGGCCUGGCCGUAUAUCUGGACCUAGGGACGGCAAUACCCCGUUCCGGAGGCGAGCGCAUCUACCUUGAGCGCAUCUUCAAAAAGCCCCAGAUGUUAGCAACAUGCAUGUUCAUGUCCUACGUCGUGCUCCUCGGUUUCAGCACACCAAAUUGCAUCGUGCUUGGCGAAUACGUCAUGUACGCCCUGGAAAUCGACGUCAACAGAUGGAACGUCCGGACCAUCGCCGUAGGCGUAAUAACUCUCCUCUGCUUCAUCCACGCGCGGUACCAAAAACUCGGGCUACGAAUAAUUAAUGUUCUUGGAGUCGGCAAGAUGCUGAUCCUCGUGAUCGUCAUCCUGUCUGGCAUAGCAGGUGCACUCAUGGGCGUUGGGUCAUCCAGCUCACCCCUCACGCGGCGAAACCCUCGCCUAGGCGGCGGAAUAGGGGGUCCACUAGACGACAUCCUCCUCACUGACGCACACCUCUCAACCGCACAACAAAACUUCCGCUCACUGUUCUCCGGCUCUUCAACCCAACCCUAUGACUACGCGACCGCAUUGCUGAAAAUCCUCUACUGCUUCCGCGGCUACAGCACCGCAAACCAAGUCCUCUCGGAGGUGCGAAACCCGAUCCCGACACUUCGCCUCGCGGCCCCAAUCGCGCUCUCUUUGGUAUCACUCGGCUACAUCCUCGCAAACAUCGCCUACUUCCUCGUUGUUUCAAAAGACGACUUCCGCAGCUCAGGUGUGGUGAUAGCGGGCCAUUUCUUCAGGAACAUUUUCGGGGAGGUGAUUGGCGAGAAUGUGUUGCCGCUCUUCAUCAUCAUCUCUGCAUUCGGGAAUAUAGCCGCUACGUCAUUUGCUCAAGCUCGCGUUAACCAGGAGUUGGGAAGAGAUGGGCUUUUACCAUUCUCGAGAUUCUUUGCCGGGAAGAAUGAGUGGGAUUCUCCAACUCCAGGUCUAUUUCUCCACUGGCUCAUCUCAGUCCUCGUCAUCAUCGUCCCGCCACCAGGAGAAAUCUACAAUUUCCUCGUCGAUAUAGGAGGGUACCCCGUCUCUGUUAUUUCCGUCUCUAUCUCGCUCGGCCUUCUCUACCUCCAAAGCUCUCCUACCGAGAAUUGGCAGUCUCCUUUCCGAGCAAGGAAGUUUUACACGGUUGUGUUUGCGGCGAGUAAUUGUUUACUACUGGUAUUGCCGUGGAUUAAACCGAAGACUGCGAAGGGUGAUGGGAGGUUUCCGUAUUAUGCGUAUCCUGCAACAGCCCUCGGGAUUCUGGGGAGUGGGGUCGUGUAUUGGUCGUCAGCAUAUCCAAACGAAGGUCUUGAAUGUCCAUACCAUCGAACAGUGCAUCGAGAGGACUUUGCCGAGAAAGUCUCGGGAUAUGGACUGGGCGGUCUUGAUCGAUUCCUGGCUGAAGCACAAUCAAGUGCGGGAGCGAAACCCUCGUCCUUUGGUGAAGAAGAAAAACGAAUGAGAACGGAGGAAAUAGUAGCUUUCGGAAUAUGUGACUGA